GUGAGAAGCAGACACCCCGGAAGACGCGCUCUCCCCAGCCAGCUCCCCAGCGCUCUCCCCGGAGCUUCGAAUCUCUUCAUUAGUCUCCCCCAUUUCACAAGUCCUCAAGGUGCAGAAAUGGCAGCAGAGUUCUGCAGACUUGCCCAACCAAGCCAAUAGUAGCCUUAGCUGCCUCUAGAAAAUCGAGCUGAUAUUAUCAAACACCCAGAUGGGGGUGCCGAAACCUCGCAGUGAGACUCUGAUCUUGGUUGUUCCCGCAAGGCGCCGACUGCUGCCAACAUGACGAACAUACCACCUCGGUUCAGGUCUCAGGAACUCUCCACUCUCUGGAGCGAAGCCGCUCUGCUCGAAGCAAGUCUCAAAAACUCGGAGCGACGCAAACGUCAGAAGUUACACCCACCUCAAGAAACUGGGCCGCUUGACGCCGAGGGGCGAACAUUGAGACUGUCCCUGCUGCAGAUAUAUGAAGAUCUGAUCAUCCUUGAUCCAAUACUGGCCUGGUCAAAGGGGGUCGACGAUAAGAUUUGGAAUCUGGUUUUCCACUCCGCUAUCCACCAGCUGAGGUCCGCGGCAAAUGGAGACCUUACCUCUCAGGCGGCCAUUUCUCGCGAACUACAGCUUUAUAUCAAAAGCGGCAUCAGCUUCUACCAGGUUUUGAUUCUAUGGCUGAAAAGCGCAUUGAAGAAAGAUCCUGUCGAAAUGGCGAUUUCCAGGUAUACCAACUCCGCCGAAGAAGAGAGACUAGAACCGGAGGACACGCUGUUUACAUCCCUCUGCGGCUUGAUACACAAGUGCCUUGUCUCGCUGGGCGAUCUUUCGCGAUACCUCGAAAUGCACAGCUCGACGCCCGACAAGAACUGGAAAGCUGCCAAUGGAUACUAUACGACUGCGAUCAAAGUCAAUCCGGAUGUUGGGAAGCCGUACGCACAGCUCGCAAUCUCCGCUACCUACGAGAACAAGAAUAUGGCAGCUGUCUACUGGUACUGCUUGAGCCUCGUCAACAAGCAGCGGCAUAGCGUCACAAGGGAAAAUUUGACGGUUUUCUACAAGUCAUUCAUGUCUCUUGGUGGCCCUUCCAAAGUUGAUGUCAGUCCGACAGGCACAUUAACGGCAAAUUUCCUGAAUCUACAUCGCUUGAUCUUUUGUCACGACGAUGUCCCCAUCGAGGAACUUUUUCAUCUUUACGGGAAGAUUUCGUUGGAUAUAAACGAUCCUGCAUUGGCAACCAACGUUUACCUAGCGAGAUGGUUGCAGAUGGCGGUCCCGAUUAGCAUCGCCACAUACGAGGAUCUAAAUCACAGAUUUGUCGAGGAGGAGGAUACCUCAGUCCGCCGUGCUUUGCGAAGCCGACAAGUAUAUGUCGCCGGAACAGGCUGCACUCUGAUGAAGCUGUCAUUGGACAACCUAUCGACAUAUCUCUCAGACAAGGAGGACAUGGCGGAGGCUUUUGCCGACGUCGACGACGACCAUAUCUUCUCAAAGUUCCUGGCUCCAGCGGCGGUCACGAGCGUUUGGCUGCAAACACAACUGGAAGUGUUUACGCAGUUUGCGAGCUAUGUGAAGACUAUCGAGAACGGACGGACGGCUCUUGAAACGUCCCUUAUGGAUAUGUUAUAUUCGCUAGCGACUUUUACGAACAUGGUGUCGUCGUUCGCAGAAAUGGACGGCUGCAGUGAUGCUCUGCCGGAAGACGUUGAGCUGCUCGGAUUACCGCCAUUGCGGCCUUUCUACAGGAAAUUGAAUCCAAAGUCACUGGAAAGUGUCGUGGCUGGCGAAAACCUAUGCCUUUCCGUCAGCGAUACACAGAUUGCUGCCGAGCAGAAUGUGGAUGACGUGCGGUUGACGGCACGGGUGGCGAGGAUAGCACAGUUCGCGAAAAAGCUCGCGGAAGAUGACCGUGUGGAUUUGUUCCGCUUCGAUGAGGCUGAAGGCAUGUUUUUCGUGGCGGAUCAGCAAUCCAAGAAACGAGGCAUGCACAAGCUCAUGCAAGCAUUGGCAACGGAACGACUGAAACAUCAAGUGACGACGUUGGAAGAGAAUCUGAACGAGAUGAAGCAGACCUCGCUACCGGUGGUCAUUUUUGACACGGGAGUUUACGUUCAGCUCACCAACGCUGUCAAGCGCUGGGUUACCGGUGGAAAAUGUGUCGUAGUCGUUCCUCGAAGCGUCAUCGACAAUCUGGACUAUUUGAAGAAAGGCGCGGAUAAGGAGAACGCUAGGGCCCGAGAGGCGAUUAGAUUUCUGGAGCAGCGUUUCAGAUACCGAUCGCCGUUUCUACGAUCUCAGCAAGAACACGAGCAAAUUGUCCCCUGGAACGUCAAAACGGGAUACAUCGAAACCCGUGCGAAGCGGGGCAUGGUCGUCGACCAGGACGCGCCGAAGGGCGUAUUCAUUCCCAAAACAGCUCGCGGGCUAAUGGCUUGCUUGCACUGGUAUCAUAGCAAUGUGGCUCUGCCGGACACCUCCGCGCAACACGAGAACGAGGCGGAUUCAGAUCUCAGCUUUGUAUUUGUUACGGAAGAUCCCGAGAUGGCUCGACUUUCCCAGGCUUUGGGGAUUCGGACAAAGUCUUUGACCGAUUGGGAGCAAACCAUGAUGAAUCGCAAUAUUCGACGAAGGCAAGGGGCCUUUACUCGCCUAUGA